GCGAUCCGGGCGGGCUGUGAGGCGGUUUAUGAGGCACUGCUGGCGGCCGGGCAGGGCUCAGUGUGAGGCGAGCCGUAGAGCGGGCAGGUUGCUCGUGUGCCCCGUGCAGCCGUUAGCUUCCACCACACCCCGCAGCCAGGCCGAGACACCAUGGCUGAUCAACUGACAGAAGAGCAGAUUGCAGAAUUCAAAGAAGCUUUUUCACUAUUUGACAAGGAUGGUGAUGGUACUAUAACUACAAAGGAGUUGGGGACAGUGAUGAGAUCGCUUGGUCAAAACCCCACAGAAGCAGAGCUACAGGAUAUGAUCAAUGAAGUAGAUGCUGAUGGCAAUGGCACAAUUGACUUUCCAGAGUUUCUGACAAUGAUGGCAAGAAAAAUGAAAGAUACAGAUAGUGAAGAAGAAAUUAGAGAAGCGUUCCGUGUGUUUGACAAGGAUGGUAAUGGUUACAUUAGUGCUGCAGAACUCCGUCAUGUGAUGACAAAUCUUGGGGAGAAGCUAACAGAUGAAGAAGUUGAUGAAAUGAUUAGGGAAGCAGACAUUGAUGGUGAUGGUCAAGUAAACUAUGAAGAGUUUGUACAAAUGAUGACAGCGAAGUGAAGACGUUGUACAGAAUGUGUUAAAUUUCUUGUACAAAAUUGUUUAUUUGCCUUUUCUCUGUUUGUAACUUAUCUGUAAAAGGUUUUUCCCUUACUGUCAAAAGAAUAUGCAUGUAUAGUAAUUAGAAGGCCAUUCCUCCAUGUUUUUCUCCUUUAUCUUACUGUCAUUGUUCUGAUUUUUGGAAAAUUGAUCUAAGUAACAAAUGUUGCAUGUGGCUUACUCUGGAUAUUUAAGCCCUUCUGCACAUCUAAAGUUAGAUGGAGUUGGUUAACUGAGGGAACAUCUGGGUUGUCUGUUUAAAAAUAAAAAAGUAGCUUUCUUUAGGAGACUUAGGUAUGACUAGUGUGACAAGUUACAUAAAGUAAGCUAGGGUUUACCAUGCAUUAGCAAUUCCUUAGUUAAAGCGACAUGCUGGCUCUAGUUCUCCAGUACAUAAAGGAGUUUAUUGCGCUUUCUGUGAUGGAGGAUAAGGACUCUUGCAGCUAACUCCAGGAUAAAACCAUGUGAAUAGUAUAUAUACAUGUGGCUAAUGCACUGUAAAAAUCAUUCUCCUAGCUUGCUUCACAGUAACUUGCUUGUGGCCAUACCUGUAACAUGUUGUUGAAAUGUGGAGUCUUAACGUUGUGGACGAUUGACAGUCAACAAUAUGAAACUUAAGUUGCACUAAUGCAAAACGGGUGAUUUAUCCAGGUACUCGUACACAAGUUUUUUUUGUACUGCUGGUCCUGUACCAGAAAACAUUUUUCUCCUCUUGUUACUAUGCUUUUUAAACUUUGUUUAGCCACUUAUUUUCAAAAAAAAAAUCUGCUUAUGGCACGAUUUGCCUCAAAUCCAUUCCAAGUUGUAUAUUUGUUUUCCAAUAAAAAAUUACAAUUUACCCAUA